CUAAAAUGGAGGCCGUUGUGGAACAGGACGGCGCCGUCUGCGUCUAUGGGUUUGCAGACAGCGCAAUAACAGGCUGAGCAGUGUCAGAGAACUCAGAGAGACACUCUGAUCACUAUUACUAAAGAUUUUUAAAGGGAAUUAACAGAGAAGUCAUCAGACAUCUUCGGAGGACAGUUUUAUCUUCUUCUGGCCAACUUAAAAAGCAGAUAGGUGCAAUGUCGACACCCAAAAACACUCCCAGAGGUGCAAGCACACCACUAUCUCCCAACCGCAUCACCCGGCUUCAGGAGAAGGAAGACCUGUGCAACCUCAAUGAUCGUCUGGUUGUCUACAUUGACAAGGUCCGCUCUCUGGAGUCCGAGAAUGCUGGUCUGCGUGUGCGCAUCACAGAGUCAGAGACAGAGAUCAGCCGGGAGUUGACGGGCCUGAAGGCCGCCUAUGAGACUGAGCUUGCUGAUGCCCGUCAGACUCUGGACUCAGUGGCCAAAGAACGUGCACGGCUGCAGCUGGAGCUGGGCAAGAUACGAGAGGACUACAAGGAGCUGAAAGCCAGGAACACUAAAAAGGAGUCAGAUCUAACAGGAGCGUUGCAGAGGCUCAAAGACCUGGAGGCCCUGCUGAACUCGAAGGAUGCAUCUUUGACAACAGCUUUGGGAGAGAAGCGUAACCUCGACGUGGAAAACAGGGAUCUGAAGACGCAGGUUGCCAAACUGGACACCAGUUUGGGCGAUGCCAGGAAGCAGCUGCAGGAUGAGAUGCUAAGGAGAGUGGACGGAGAGAAUCGCAUCCAGACUCUCAAAGAGGAGCUGGAGUUUCAAAAGAACCUGCACUCUGAGGAGCUGCGGGAGACAAAGCGACGCUAUGAAUCUCGUAUGGUUGAAUUGGACAACGGUCACCAGCAAGACUAUGAGAGCAAACUGGCGGAGGCUUUGGCUGAGAUGCGUAGCCAGCAUGAACUGCAGGUUAAGAUGUACAAGGACGAGAUUGAGAAGACCUACAAUGCUAAGCUGGAAGGUGCGCGUCAGUCGGCGGACAGGAACAGCCACCUGGUGGGAGCAGCACAUGAGGAGCUUCAGGAGACUCGAAUCCGCCUGGAGUCCACAUCUGCUCAGCUCAGCCAGCUGCAGAAACAGCUGGCAGCUCGUGAGGCAAAGGUGAGGGACCUGGAGGACGCCCUGUCUCGAGAGCGGGACACCACACGUCGCCGGCUGGGAGAGAAAGACAAAGAAAUGGCUGAGAUGAGGCAGCGAAUGCAACAGCAGCUGGAUGAAUAUCAGGAGCUUUUGGAUAUCAAGCUGGCCCUGGACAUGGAGAUAUGUGCCUACAGGAAGCUGCUGGAAGGAGAGGAACAGAGGCUGCGUCUCUCCCCCAGCCCCCCACCGACUAGAGUGUCAGGAAGCCGCUCCUCUACUUCAGCAGCUCACUCUCGAUCGAUCCACUGCAGCGCUCAGAACUCUCCUGUCAAGAGGCGCCGCCCCAACGACACCGACAGCGAGGCCUCCAGCUUUGCAGGAGGUGCUGUGGCCCGCACCCGCAUCACCCAGCAGGCCUCUGCCAGCGGGCGGGUCACUGUGGAUGAGGUGGACCUGGAUGGGAAAUAUGUCAGACUCAGCAACAAAGCAGAUGAGGAUCAGAAUUUGGGGAACUGGCAGGUGAAGCGGCAGGUAGGAUCUGGUGCACCCAUUGCAUUCAAGUUCCCUGCUAAAUUCACUUUGAAGGCUGGCCAGAGGGUCACGAUCUGGGCCUCUGGUACUGGUGGAUCCCACAAUCCUCCCUCUGACCUGGUGUGGAAGACUCAACCUUCCUGGGGCACUGGAGACUUGUUCCAGACCACCUUAAUCAGUGCCAAUGGAGAGGAAAUGGCAAUGAGGAAGGUCACCCGCACACAGUUUGAAGAGGACGAUGAUGACAUGCAGGUGGCUCACAGUACCUGUGGAGAUGGCGAGUACAACCUGCGCAGUCGGACAGUGGUGUGCGGCUCCUGUGGACUUCCCUCAGACAAAUCCAGCAACUGCUCUGUGUCUUCAGCUUCCCGCUCCUACCGCAGCGGCGGCCUCUCUGAGGGUUUACUGCCACACUCCUACGUGUUCAGCAGUAGCACACCUCGCAAGAGUGGGACCAGAAUGGAGAGCUGUCCAAUCAUGUGA